UGAGCUCUCGUUUGGUAAACAUCAUACGGUACGGGAGAGUCUAUAACGGUAAAGUGCGUGAACAAGACAAAAUAAGCAAAACAAAAUAACGGGAUAGUUUACAAAAAGAAAACGAUGGCGUACGAGUGAAAUAUUUGUGCAAAAUUAAAGGAAGUUUUUUUGAUUUUCUUUAUAGUUCGGUUAGUUGUCACUGUGCGAAAGCUUAACGAGUUUUACGGAAGUGUGGUGAAUUUUACACAUGCAAAAUUGAAAUUCAACACAGUUGAAGGAAAAAAAGCCAGAAUAAUAAUAAUAGUAAAUAACAACAAAGAAAGUUUUCAAACCUAAAAGAAAAGUGUUGAUUAUAAUUGCGUUAGUUUGAUCAAAGCAGUAUGAUAAUAAACUAACCAAAAAGGGUACAAAGAGAGAGAGUGAGAAAGCAAUAAAGAACGAAAGGAUGCUGUCAAGUGUAUGUGUAUGUUGAGGAUGAAUUUAAGCUUGACUAAUAUUUUCAGUGUUUGUAAAAAUUAUUAUUAAAACAGAAUAACGGCAGCAGCUGAUGGUUAAGGACCAUUAUUAACGGAUGCUGGCCGUCAAAAGAAAAAAAUAAUUUCUUCUUUCAACUAACGUUUUUUUAAACAAACAAUUCUAUUAGAAUUCAAGGUAGACUUUAAGACGUCUUUGUUAGCUUUUGUGCUAAAAUCUACAAAGAAAAAACUUUUGUUUUAUAAAACCAUAGUGUUUGGGUGUUAAAAAAUAAACAUAAUUUCUGUUGUUGUGCUAACAUGCAUCUGUAUUAUGUUUUAACUUUGUUUGAGGCCUUUGCCGUCGUAUGCAAAUUGGUGUAAAUUUUAUUUUUACCGGUUUUACGUUGGUUAGCAAGUGUUUGUUUUUAAAUCGAAAAUAAAAAAAAAAACUUUUCAAACUUGUGCAUGUUUACAAAAACAUCAAAGAAGGUGCUAAAGUGCAGCCAUAACCGUGACAUGAACAUAAAAUUACCAUCAUCAUCAGCUUAUGGACUUUAUCAUUGAAAUUUUUCUUUAUGUCGUAUAGAUGAGUUUUAAAAACAAAAAUAAAAGGUGUUAAAUCUAUAAAAGCUUAACAAAGACAUGCAUAAUCUUGUCUAGCUAGUUUUAAAACGCAAUUAAAAAUUUUUUCCCUGCUAAUAAAUUACAUAUAAAUAGAAUAUCUUCACAAGUUUGAGAAAAAUUCCUCAGCAUAAAGAAUAACAUCAGAAAAAAACGCAUAUUUUAAAACGUAAUUAGUAAUUACUAAACGUGUUUGCACAUGCACGUGCGUGCUACAAAUCUAAAAGAAACAGUGUUAAAAUUAUAUAAACGUGUGUUUAAAUUUGUUCAUUAAAUUAUUAUAACCAUUAAAGUGAAAAAUGUAUUUUCUUCAGCUUAACUUGUGGUUUAUGCGACUUUUAGUGCUUUGCUGUGCCAGUAGCUUGGCCUUGGCCAAGUCCUCCUUGUCCAGUGGCAAUCACAAUAAUGAUCCUUGCUAUUUUGAAGGCAAACCACGUAAAUGUUUGCCCAGCUUUGUUAAUGCUGCCUAUGGCAAUCCAGUGCAGGCUUCCAGCACCUGUGGUACUCAUCAGCCAGAGAGAUAUUGUGAACUGAAACGUGAUGGCCUUAUGGAUGAGUGUCGCAUGUGUGAUAACUCUAGGCCCGAUAUGAAAUUUCCACCACAAUCUCUAACCGAUUUAAAUAAUCCCAAUAAUGUUACAUGCUGGCGUUCGGCUACAGUGCCAGUACCCUCGGAUCCGGAUACAGCACCACCAGAUAAUGUCACCUUAACGCUGUCGUUGGGCAAGAAAUAUGAGCUAACCUAUGUGAGUUUAUCAUUCUGUCCCAAGUCUCCCAAACCAGAUUCAAUGGCUAUAUAUAAAAGUUCGGAUUAUGGACAAACUUGGCAACCUUUCCAGUUCUACAGUUCGCAAUGUCAAAAAUUCUACGGUCGGCCGGACAGAGCUAAAAUAAGUAAAUUUAAUGAGCAAGAAGCUAGAUGCAUGAAUUCUCAUCAUGAUGGCAAUACCAAUCGUUUUGCUUUCAAUACUCUAGAAGGCAGGCCCUCGGCUAAUGAUUUGGAUUCCUCUUUAGUGCUACAAGACUGGGUAACUGCCACCGAUAUACGAGUAGUUUUUCAUCGUUUGGAAUUACCCAAAGAAUUGAUAAAUAUACAAUCUAAAUUGGACAAUAAACCAGAUGCCAAUAGUUUUAGUGAUGAAAUGGCUAGUAGCCAGGAAGAUGAUGAAGAAGAUGAAGAUAUUACCGAUGAUGAAUAUGAUUAUAAUAUUCAUGACAAUGAUAGUGUACCCUAUGAGGAUGAUUUGGAAGAUUAUGCAGAGCCCAAGAAACAUUUAGAAUUGGAUGAUGAUUUGGAUUUAGAUUAUGCCAAUGAUGGCAUUAAUAUUAUGGCCUUAAAACCUAAACGUCUUAAUGUUUACAAACAAAAAUCCAUAAAUUAUGAAAAACACUAUAAAAAUAAAGCCGCCAAUUUAAACAUGGCUAGCAGUUCUUCUUCUUCGACAACAACAACAACUUCCACCACUGCCCAACCUAGUACCACUAAUAAAAACUCUUAUGCUUCCGCCUCUAUCAAAAACACACAAAAAUCUUCUUCGUUAGACAAACCCACACCAGUACCUUCAGUACGUGAUCUCUUGGCCAAUUCACAACACUAUGCCGUUUCAGAUUUUGCUGUAGGUGGCCGUUGUAAAUGCAAUGGUCAUGCCUCUGAAUGUGUGGCUCAUGUUAGUUCCAAUGAAGCUAAUCUCUUCAAUAACGAGGACGAUGAUGGCGGUGGUACUGGCUUAGGCAAUUUGGGUGAUUCCUCUGAUGAUGGUACAAAUUUUGGUGCUCGUUCUUCAUCGAUUGCGGCAGCAGCAAAUACUAACCUGGCCAUAAAUGCCAAAUUAACAAUGACAUGUGCUUGUAAACACAAUACAGCCGGACCGGAAUGUGAAAGAUGUAAACCCUUUUACUUUGAUCGACCAUGGGGACGUGCCACCGAUACUGAUGCCAAUGAAUGUAAAAUGUGCCAAUGUAAUGGUCAUGCACGUCGCUGUCGUUUCAAUUUGGAAUUGUAUAAAUUAUCUGGACGUGUAUCGGGUGGUGUCUGCUAUAAUUGUCAGCAUGAUACAACCGGAAGAUACUGUCAUUAUUGUCGUGAAGGAUUCUAUAGAGACAAUACAAAACCGCUUAAUCAUCGUAAAGUAUGCAAACGUUGUGACUGUCAUCCCGUAGGUUCAACUGGUAAAACUUGCAAUCAUUUGAGUGGUCAAUGUCCUUGCAAAGAAGGAGUAACUGGUUUAACCUGUAAUCGUUGUGCACGAGGUUAUCAACAGACCAGAUCUCAUGUAGCACCCUGUAUAAAAGUGCCAACAAAUGCAAAUAUGAUACAAGCUGAAAGUGCAGCGGUCAGUGAAUAUAGAGAACCCACCCAAGCAGAGGAAAUGAAAAAAUAUUGUGGCAAAUGUAAAGCAACGCCAAAAAAAUUAAAUUUAAAUAAAUUCUGUAUGGAAGAUUAUGCUAUUCUUGCAAAAGUUAUAGGCCAUGAUCGUGCCUCACAGGAUAUAAGCACUGAGAAAUUCUCCAUCGAACGACAAAAUGAAAUUUUCAAAUAUGAAAUUAAUAUACAAACGAUAUUCAAACGAAAUGCCAUGUCUGGCACAACAAGUUCUAUGUUAAGUAGGGGACACAUGAUGUGGCUGGUGCCGCGUAAAAAUUUGGAGUGCCAGUGUCCUAAAAUUAAAUUGAAUAAAUCAUAUUUAAUAUUGGGACGUGACUCCGAGGCGGCACCUGGUUAUUUGGCCAUCGGUCCAAGUUCCGUUGUAUUAGAGUGGAAAGAUGAAUGGUCACUGCGUAUGAAACGUUUUCAACGACGAGCGCGUAAAUGUAGUUGAAUCGAACCGGAAGCGGAAUAUGUCAAAGCGGAUUUUAAUUUCGUACAUUUGGAACGUUAUAGAUUUUUGUAUAAAUUGUACAGUUUGCUCAAAUUUUUAACUUUCUUUGGCAUUAUGCUAUAAAUAGAAACAAAUAAAUAAAUAAUAUUUAAUUAAUGAAUAAUAUAUAUAAAUAUAUAAAAAAACACAAACACACACAUAUAUAAACAAAUACAAAAUAAUAUAAUAAUACUUAAACAUAGAAAAACUAACACGUACACAGGUUAUAGACGAUGAAGAGGUAUUAACAAAUUUAGCUUUUAAUAUAAAUUUAUGAUUUAAAUUUUUAAUUUUAAAUAAUAUUAUUUUUUAUAAAGCCCUGUUACUUAAUUAAUUUUUAAACUCACACACAUACAUACAUAUACAGUUUGACAUAAAAGUGGAAUCAAAUUCAACUCUUUCACACACACACACUUAUAUAUUGCAAAAAUUAUAUUUUAUUGAAAAGAUUAUGGCCACAGUAGAGGAACCGGAAACAGAGAAAAAAAUUAACCACAAAUUAUGGUUGAAACUAACGAGAGCAGAACGAUUAAAAAAAUCACACUGACACACACAAACAGAAGAAAACAAGAGUAGAGAAAACAGAAAUCAUAUUCAUGCAUGUCUAGAGCUGUGUAAAAUCAUGGUUAAUUAAUUAUUCAAUGAAAAUCCCUUAAGGGAAUAAAGAGAGAUUUUUUUUUUAAUUUUUAAUUUAAUUCUACUCGUAUUGU